AUGCCAGCCUACGCAAGUCUUGUCCUGACAUUUUCAUUCAUCCUCAUCACCCAAAUCUCCUUCACGUCUGCAGAUUGGGACAACCAAUUAUUAGAGAAGUUCUUCCCAGGGUACAACGAUGGCUUCCAACGUAUCCUCCGCGAAAAUUGCUCGGAGCAGUACGCCGACUAUCUCGUCAACAAGGAUAACUCUAUAAAAGUCGACUCUAUACUACGCGGUUUUGGCCUGGACAGGCCACACUCUCCAGUUGUGGAAUGCAUUCUGAACGCGGCUCCCGAGUUUGUCAAGUCCAAGAUGGCCAGCGCUCAAGUCUUACUCGGUCUAACGCCAACAAUUCUCGCGACCCUAGGAUCCAGCCCAUUGGAGACGGCAAUGCUUGCUAUUGUGGCCCGGCGUCCUCUUCUUGCGCUGUUUCUAGCCGCUGGAUCUCCCAGCGUGUUCGCUUUUCGCUCUUUUGAAUACACUAAAGCGAUUGAGGAUCUUCCUGAAAGACACAUCGAUAGACCGCGUUUUCUGCUCCGAGCACACAAGGUGGUUGCGAUUUUGCAAUACCUUCUCGCAGCUGCAUCCAUCGCCAACGUCGGUGAACUUGCCUACCGACUUGGAGCGCUGGUCAUUGUUACCAUCACGCCUAGUAAGGAGUACAUUGUUGCUCUUUGGGCAUUUCUUGGUAUGAUUAUCCAUGUUCUAGGAGUCCUUACUCUUCGUCUUCGUAUCGAGAUGACAUCAAAGACGACAGAAAACGGAAACGCCCACCGUCAUCCGCACACAUUAAACCUUGUUACAAGUCAAUCCGAACUAUUGGCGCGACAAGAGGCUAUUCGGAUGACCAUACUCCCAGAAUCUUGGAAGUUCUUCCUCGCUUCGUGGGUCACGUCCACCUUUACUGCUUGCCACAUCAUUUUUGGCACGCUAGUAUUUUCUACCAUGCUGUUCAUCUCGGUAACGGACAGCUUGAUCGUGAUAGCUCGCUUGAUGGCUUCUGUUAUUGCAUGCCGAAUCAUUCUGAACUCCGAGCUUACCACCCUUCCAAAGGCCAUUGAAGUAGAAAAUAGAGGCAGAAGCUAA